GCAUUUGUCGUGCCGCUGCUGCUGCUUCUGCUGCUGCUCUCGCUGCAGUGAGCGAGCUUCGGCAAAUAGAGAGAGGGAGGAAGAGUGAAGGAGAACGAGAGGGGAGCGAUGGAGAUUUGCGCUGCGAGUGAAUCGAGGAGUAGGAGAGGAGAGCAGUAGGCAGGGCCAGAGAAGAGAAGAGAAGAGAAGAGAAGGCAGAGGGUUGAGUUUGUCGAGGGCAGGGGAGGAGAGGGGAGGGGAGGGGAGAAGGGGAGAGGGGAGGAGGAGAGGCUUUUCUUCUUUCUUUCUUUCUUCCUUCUUCGGCGAGAGGAGGGAGCCCCGAGGAGGGGAAGUGAGUGAGUGAGUGAUUGAGUGAGUGAGAGUGGGAGUGAGUGUGAGAAGGAGAGAGGGAAGGGAAGGGAGGGGAGCGAUGGCAGAGUUUGCGGAGGUAGAAGCGGUGGAUGGAGUGCGGAUGGCGUGGAAUGUGUGGCCCGGCACGAGAGUGGAAGCGAGCAAGUGCGUGGUGCCUUUGGCCGCGUUGUUCACCCCGCUGCACCCAGUGCCCAACUUACCCGAGGUCCCGUAUGCGCCCCUGCGGUGCAAGUCGUGCCGGUCGCUGCUGAACCCGUUCUCGCAGGUCGAUUUUGUGGCGAAGAUCUGGAUCUGUCCCUUCUGCUAUCAGCGCAACCAUUUUCCUGCCCAUUACGCGUCAAUUGCCGAAAACAAUUUGCCGGCCGAGCUUUUCCCGCAGUACACCACGAUCGAGUAUGCUCUGCCAGGAGAGACCUCACUGCCUCCCGUCUUCUUGUUCCUUCUUGACACAUGCUUGAUUGAAGAGGAACUGGUGUACCUGAAAACCGCGCUCUCGCAGGCCAUAGGGCUGGUGCCGGCCAACUCUCUCGUUGGACUCAUCACUUACGGUACACAGGUGCAUGUGCACGAAUUAGGAUUUGGAGAGUGCCCUAAGAGCUAUGUAUUUCGCGGAUCUAAGGAUGUCACCAGGGAACAAAUCCUCGAUCAGUUGGGUCUUACGGCUCCAGGAGGAUUGCAGCGAGGGUCUGCUCAACCCGUUGGUGUCAUUGCCGGAGUUCGAGAUGGAAUAUCCGCCAGUAGCAUUAACCGCUUCCUGCUCCCAGCUGCCGAUUGCGAAUUCACCCUUACUACUCUUCUUGAUGAGCUCCAAAGGGAUUCGUUCCCUGUCAAGUCCGAUCAGAGAGCAGCUCGUUGUACCGGCACAGCUCUUAGUGUUGCCACAGGGUUGUUAGGGGCUUGUGUACCUGGAACUGGAGCCAGGAUUUUGGCCUUUGUCGGUGGGCCCUGUACGGAGGGUUCAGGAACGAUUGUGUCAAAGGAUCUCUCGGAACCUAUCAGGUCUCACAAGGAUUUGGAUAAGGACACCGUUCCUCAGUAUCAUAAGGCCGUCAAGUUCUAUGAAGCUCUCGCCAAACAGCUUGUAAACCAGGGCCACGUGCUCGACCUCUUCGCUUGUGCUCUUGACCAGGUCGGAGUCGCUGAAAUGAAGGUAGCGGUCGAAAGGACGGGUGGCCUAGUUGUUUUAGCAGAAAGUUUUGGGCACUCUGUCUUCAAGGAUUCCUUUAGACGUGUCUUUGAAGCUGGUGAACAUGCUCUGGGCUUAUCCUUCAAUGGUAUUUUCGAAGUUAAUUGCUCGAAGGAUGUGAGGAUUCAAGGUACAAUCGGCCCCUGCGCUUCUUUAGAAAAGAAAGGGGUAUCUUGUGCAGAUACAGUCGUAGGGCAAGGAAACACAUCUGCUUGGAAGAUGUGUGGACUCGACAGAAGUACAACAUUGGCAGUGUUUUUUGAGAUUGUUCCAAGCGUGCAGUCUGGCACUCCAGCACAACCGAUCAGCCAGCAGUUCUUCAUCCAGUUUCUCACCCACUACCAGCAUACUGAUGGUCAUAUGCGAUUGCGAGCUACAACCGUUCGGAGACGCUGGGUGGAUGGGUCUGCCAGUACUGAGGAGUUAGUUGCAGGAUUUGAUCAGGAGACGGCGGCGGUGGUCAUGGCUCGUCUUUGCUCCUUUAAGAUGGAAACGGAGGAGGAGUUUGAUGCAACUCGGUGGUUGGAUAGGUCGCUCAUUCGACUAUCCUCUAGAUUUGGAGACUAUCGGAAGGAUGACCCGUCAUCAUUUAGUUUCACACAAAGAUUUGCUAUCUUCCCCCAAUUUAUGUUCAAUCUGCGACGAUCUCAAUAUGUCCAGGUCUUCAACAACAGUCCUGAUGAAACAGCCUACUUUCGAAUGGUUCUCAACCGAGAAAAUGUUACGAACUCCCUAGUGAUGAUUCAACCAUCACUCAUUUCAUACUCAUUUAAUUCUGCCCCAGAGCCAGCUUUGCUCGAUGUUGCUGCGAUUGCCGCAGACCGUAUUUUAUUGUUGGAUGCCUACUUCAGUGUCGUCAUUUUCCAUGGAAUGACGAUUGCCCAAUGGCGAAUAGCCGGUUUUCAAAAUCAACCUGAGCAUCAGGCAUUUGCACAAUUGCUGCAAACACCGAGAGAAGAUGCACACGCUAUCAUUAGAGAUCGAUUCCCAGUUCCUCGGUUGGUUGAUUGUGACCAACAUGGAUCUCAGGCCCGUUUCCUACUCGCUAAAUUGAAUCCAUCUGCAACGUACAAUUCCGCAAACGGACCGGCUCCUGGAGGAGACAUCAUCUUUACAGAUGAUGUCAGCUUGCAGGUGUUUGUGGAGCAUCUCCAAAGGCUUGCAGUGUCGUCGUAAUCAGUUCUCUCCAGUCUGGCUUUUAUUCCCACAAGAGAUGGGCAAAGGUAUGAUUUGGCCUGUGGAGAUGAAAGUCUACAGGCAUUAGACAAUCGGAGCGUAGGAUCCUCAUGAAGACAACAAAUCAAUGACUAAAAGAGUUGAAGGUCUCAUGGAUUAAUUUGUAAAACCCUUCGUUGUUAGGUUCCCUUGCCCAAUAAAGAGAGGUCACAUGUAUCACACGGUGAGCGGAAGUGGAUGAGAGAGAGAGAGAGAGAGAGAGAGAGAGAGAGAGAGAGAGAGAGAGAGAGAGAGAGAGAGAGAGAGAGAGAGAGAGAGAGAGAGAGAGAGAGAGAGAGAGAGAGAGAGAGAGAGAGAGAGAGAGAGAGAGAGAGAGAGAGAGAGAGAGAGAGAGAGAGAGAGAGUCCAGGCCAAUGAUAAUUCCUGGUCUUCACAUGGAGUAAGUUGGAGAGGAUUACGAAUUUAGAUAGCUGAAUCUUGCACUGUACACUGUCAUUUGUUAACGACGGGUUUGAAGGGCAGUCUUGUUCCAUGUGAGUCAGAGUAGGUACAUUCAAUUUCCUGAUGUAGGACAGUGUUAACGAAGUGGUAGGUGCGAAUUUAAACUAAUUGCAAAGCAUAUGACCAGACCUUUUGCGGGUCCUUGUUUCUAAGC